AUGAAGUCACAACGAAAAUCAAAGGUAUUUAUACAUAUCAGACUCAAUAUAGAUGCAUAUAUGAUAUGUAAUACAUUGUAUCACGACUGCUGUCCUUGGCAUGAUUUGGCAUAUGCAUUGGGUACUGCACCACCAGACGCUGGGUUAAGUCAGCGGUCAAUAUCUGUUCACUCUAUAAAAUCAACCGAUAGUCCUGAACUUCCCGUCAGUGGUGUAGGCGCAGACGACUGGCUUCCACCAAAAGUUUUGCUGAAGCCUCAGGGUCAAGUUCAGCUUUCAGUAGCCGAACUUGAUGAAGAGUUUACUCGCAUUCUGAAUGCCAACAAUCCUCAUGCACCCCAAAAUAUCGCAAGAUAUAGCAACAAAGAGCGAGUAUUCAAAGCAAGUCCAAACAUGGACCAUGUGGUUUUCCAUUUCGAAUUUGAUGGAUAUUUGAUUUACCGUGGUGACGAAGUUGGUGAUAAUCGAACAGAGCCUACCCAAGACGCGGCUUUUAAACUGACAUCUAGUACCUCGCAGACCACUGAUGCAGACACUGGUGAUGAUGAAAAGAAAACCAACAAGUUUCCUCUCCGCAAUCAAUUUAACUACAGCGAACGAGCUGCUCAGACUGUAAACAACCCCUUUAGGGAGCGUUCAACCAACACUGAGCCUCCACCGCAAAGAACCUACAGUAUGAAUGUGAACCAAUGGAUAAUUUUUGAUUCAUACACUGAGGACAUUCAGCAGAAAGAAAAGACUGCAAAGGAAAAAUCAAAAGCACCCGCUCCCGGUGGUGCAAAGGGACAUAAAGAUGAAGAAAAAAGCAUGACUAUUAUAUCCGAGGCUCACGGAGAAGAUAUUUAUUACAAAAAUCCCGAGCUGCGCAAAGCAAUGAUCACAGUGGAGCGCAUGACUAAUCAGAAUACCUUUGAUGAUAUUUCACAAGACUACAAAUACUGGGAGGAUGCCUCGGAUGAGCUUGGGGAUAGAAAAGCUGGAACUCUUUUGCCGCUAUGGAAGUUUAUUUUUGAAAAAGAAAAGAAAAAGCAAGUUACUGCCUUAUGUUGGAAUCCCCAGUCUCCAGACUUGUUUGCUGUUGGUUACGGAUCGUACGACUUUGCACGUCAAGGUCCAGGAAUGAUUGCAGGAUUUACUCUUAAAAAUCCCUCUCAUCCAGAAUAUGUAUACACUACAGAAACAGGUGUCAUGUGUCUUCACUUUCACCCUCAACACCCGUCGAUGAUUGCCGUUGGACUCUAUGAUGGAUCUGUUUCAGUGUACAACAUCCAAAAGAAAGUUGACACUCCAAUAUUUAAAUCUACAACCAAGGGUGGACAACAUACUGAUCCGGUUUGGCAGUCAAACAAUGCAAUUUUUGUUGGAAACUACAGUGCAAUUCUAGAUUGUCUGGUUUCUUGGCAAAAAGAUGAUCUGGAUGACAAUCUCAACUUUUACUCUGUUUCAUCUGAUGGGCGAGUAACUCAAUGGACAUUGCUUAAAAACGAGCUGCUACAUACGGAUGUUAUUUCGCUAAAAUACGAUAUUGAGAGCAGCGAUCAUGGCUAUGAAGGUGACCGCUUAUUUUCCCUGGCGGGAGGUUGCUGCUUCGACUUUCAUAAAAAAAUGGAUCAUUUGUUUAUUGUUGGCACUGAAGAGGGAAAGCUAUUUAAAUGCUCCAAGGACUAUAAUAACCAGUAUCUUCUUUCCUUUGAGGGCCAUCAAAUGGCUGUUUAUACUGUUAAAUACAAUCCCUUUAACGGAAACUACUUUUUAUCAGCCAGUGCAGACUGGACAGUUAAACUAUGGGAUCAUAACGACCCAAAAGCAGUCAUGUCGUUUGAUCUGAAUGGAUCUGUAGGAGACGUCGCUUGGGCCCCAUACUCUUCCACGGUUUUUGCAACAGUUACUGCAGAGGGAAAGGUGUUUGUAUACGACUUGAACGAGAAUAAAUACGCGCCUAUUUGCGAGCAGCAAAUCGUUUGUAAAGCCAGGUUGACACAUAUCUCAUUCAAUCAAUUCGAGCCAGUUUUACUGGUUGGCGACGAUAAAGGCACUGUUAUUAGUUUAAAACUUUCGCCCAAUCUACGCAGAAAAAGCCCCACACAAGAUGAAGAGUCUCAAAAACUAGAAAAUGUGAUCAAUCUGGCAAAAGGUCGUCCAUUGGAUGUGUAAAUAAGCUUAGAUGGCUUAAUAACAUUUCUUUAUCAAAAUGAACAAUGAUGCAAACCUC